UAAAAAACAAUGGCAAUGGAGUCAAAUUUAUUUUUGGUUUUCCUGUUGUCAUUUUUUUUAUAUAAAAAUGCAAAAGCGGAAAUCAGUGGACUUUUGCUAGAUGAGCAACAGGAUAUGGACAUGGAACUACCGCCGAACAUUAAUGGAAAGGAAUUUCCAGCAAUACCGCAAAACUCCUUACUAACGCAUCCCAGAAGACAUGUUAAGAGUAAGCGACGCAUGAAAAGAAGAUUAAAAUGUUUUGCGUGUGAGCCACCCUGUCUCGAUCCCAAUGAGCAUGCACAUACGUGCCAGAACGCUAUACAGUGCUGGAAAUCUCGCACACGCGAUGCCGUUGGCCAGGAGCAAGUGUCGCGCGGCUGCACCACGUCGCAGGAUCAAUUGCCACUGAUUUGCAAUCCGAUUGGUUUAAAUAAGCUCAGCGGUCCCGCAAAACGCAACACAGCAAAAUUCAUAAAUGUCGUCUGCUGUGCCAGCGAUUUUUGCAAUGACGGUGAAUUUCCCGAGCUGCCACCGUUUGUCAGCGGCGAUGUGGCAACGGUGAUCACAGCCGAUAGCAGCAACAUAAGCAAAAUGGCCGCCGCCAUUUUGGGCCCAUUUCUGGUCAUCACGCUGAUGGGCGCCGUGGCCGUCUGCUUUAUGCGGCGCAGUCAUCGUAAGCGUCUGGCGGCAACACGAGUUAAACAGGAUCCCGAAUCAUAUUUGGUUAAUGAUGAAUUGCUGCGCGCCACCAGCGCUGGGGAUAGUACUCUACGCGAAUACCUGCAGCAUUCGGUUACUUCCGGUUCGGGAAGCGGCUUGCCGCUGUUGGUACAACGGACGCUGGCCAAACAGGUGACGCUCAUUGAAUGUAUUGGCCGCGGCAAGUACGGUGAGGUGUGGCGUGGGCAUUGGCACGGCGAGAGCAUUGCCGUCAAAAUAUUCUUCAGUCGUGACGAGGAGUCGUGGAAACGUGAAACUGAAAUCUACAGCACCGUGCUGCUGCGCCAUGAGAACAUACUUGGCUUUAUUGGCUCCGACAUGACCUCACGGAACUCGUGCACCCAGCUCUGGCUAAUGACGCACUACUAUCCACAGGGCUCGCUCUUUGAUCAUCUGAAUCGGAAUGCACUCAGCCAUAAUGAUAUGAUUUGGAUUUGUUUGUCGAUUGCCAAUGGACUGGUCCAUCUACACACUGAAAUCUUUGGCACUGAGGGCAAGCCCGCCAUGGCGCAUCGGGAUUUGAAGUCGAAGAACAUAUUGGUCACCGCAAAUGGUACCUGUGUCAUAGCUGAUUUUGGUUUGGCGGUUACACACUCGCAUGUGACGGGACAACUGGAUUUGGGCCACAAUCCCAAAGUGGGCACCAAGCGUUAUAUGGCACCCGAGGUCUUGGAUGAGAGCAUUGACAUGGAGUGCUUUGAGGCACUGCGACGCACUGAUAUCUACGCUUUUGGACUAGUGCUAUGGGAGGUUUGCCGGCGCACCAUUUCUUGCGGCAUUGCCGAGGAAUACAAGGUGCCCUUCUAUGAUGUAGUGCCCAUGGAUCCCAGCUUUGAGGAUAUGCGCAAAGUCGUCUGCAUUGACAACUAUCGACCAUCCAUACCCAAUCGCUGGAGCUCAGAUUCGCUACUGGCCGGCAUGUCCAAGCUAAUGAAGGAGUGCUGGCAUCAGAAUCCGAAUGUGCGUCUGCCGGCGUUGCGCAUUAAAAAGACUAUACAUAAAUUAGCUUCCGUUGACGAGAAGAUACGUUUAGACUUUGAUGAAGUUUGCGUUUAGUAGCUUUUUAAGUGUAGAGGUUAACUUAAGUUAAUUAUUAAUUUGUGUAAGUGACAUUAGUUAAGUUCAUUUUGCUAGCAGCUAAGUUUUCAUACAUAUUUUGAAGUUUUAUUUUUUUUCCCUUUCAUUAGUCUGUAGAUGCAUUAAUCGAGAUUUAGUUUUGUGCCUUUCAAAUUGCCUUAAAUGUAAAAUUCCACUCGACUAGAGAUAUCAUCUAUUUUAGUUUUAUGAAUCGCCUACAUCAAGCUGCCUCCAUAGAGUAGGCAGUAUUUUUAUAAUCUUUAAUCAUUUUCAUUUCAAGUGCCAUUACAAUUAAGAAUUGGUAAACAAAAAAAAAAAGAAAACCUUUUUAUACAUUACAUUUAAGCUCACUUUUUACACCUACACCUUUUCACAAACACACAUGAACAGCUAUAUAGUUUCUUUUCUUAUCAAGCUAUGAUAGAGUUAUUGAGAAUGUAAACAAUUGGCGCCACACACACUCACGAAACAUAUUGUGCACCUAGUUAAGAGCAUAUGCAUGUACAUGAAAAGUUCCCAACUACAUAUAGAUGAUAUAUACACAUAUAUAAAUAUAUAUAUAUAUUUACAAACAAUACUUUGUAUACUGUACAAAUGCGCGCUAAAUAAGUUGUAUAUGUAGUUUACAAAUGACUUUAAGAUACUAUCA